UGCAAUGGGUGGCUUAGGGGGAGGUGCAAUGGGUGGUUUAGGGGGAGGUGCAAUGGGUGGUGGUGCAAUGCGUGGUGGUGCAAUGGGUGGCUUCGGAGAAGGUGCAAUGGGCGGCUUGGGAGGAGGUGCAAUGCGUGCGGGUGCAAUGGGUGGCUUUGGAGGAAGUGUGAUAGGGGGCAUGGGAGGAGGUUCUCCAUUUGGCAUGGGUUCUGGUAUGGUUGGUAUGCAAUCUGGAUCUUCAAGUGCAAGUGUUGGAUUGGCUUCAGGAGCCGGUUCAAGUUCGCGGAACGGCGGACUAGGAUCUAGCCAAAGCGGAUUGGGAUCUAGCCAAAGCGGAUGGGGAUCUAGCCAAAGCGGAUGGGGAUCCAGCCAAAGCGGAUGGGGAUCCAGCCAAAGUGGAUGGGGAUCUAGCCAGGCCAGUUCGCCUUCCUCUGGAUGGAGCCCUGUGUCUGGUUCAAGUGCUGCAGGAAUCGGUAGUCCAGCUGGGUUUGGUGCAGGUAGAUUUGGGUUCCCUGGCGCAGGUUUCGGAGCCGGUCUGCCAAUAACUGGGCUUACAGGAGGAGCUGCUGGUUUAGGAUGGGGAUUCAACCCACAGCAAAGAAUCCUGAAUACUACAAUUACCUGUGCCUUCACCGCUACAGGCUUCACCGGAUCAGUCACCCUGAGAAGAGCAGCAUCGGGGUGGGUUAGAAGCAGUCCGUCAGGAUCCAUGACUAUCAGCUCCACAACAGGAACAGGAACAUUCAGCGUUGUCCUGACAGAGAGGUCCCGUACAGAGGCUGGUUGUACUUCUGACGGUCUUGGUCCAGUCCUUGCUAGUAACCCAAGAUGGGGUAUGUGGAGUAUGGGCUUCGGUUCCAGCAACCGUGGCGUCCUUGCUACCGUCACCCUCUCGGCCAACCAGCAGAACAACGUCAACCUUGCCAACCUUCCAUUCAACGACCUUGACCUCUACGCUGGACGUGGUCUUGCGUUGUGUUCAACUUUGACAACUGGUGUUGAUGGCAGACAAGUCUGUUCCGAUCCCAUCCCCGCCUGUUGCAAGCUGGGAUUCGACGACAUGGAUGCAGUUACUCCUUAAACUUACUCUUCUCAAACGAUAUUCACUCGGACCGUAACAGACCAAUACCCAUCGGCCAGCACUGACAGGAAUUCAUAUUGGAAGUAGUAUCGUGCACGAGACUGUCACAUGACACAACGCAAUCUGCGGUAGUCAUGAACCUAAAUAUGAUUGUUCAAAUCGUUUCCUUUUGAUUUUGUCUUCCAAUCAAAUUGUAUGCCUAACUGUCUCAAGAAGCAGUUUCAAAUUAUGCGAACUGUAUACUACUCAAUCUUCGAAAGGGAUAGUGAGAUAUCUCAUUAUAUAUAUAUCAUGGAAAGAUAAAAUAUAUCCCUAUCAAAAGUUGAGUAGUAUAUAUGCUGCCUAUAAAAAAGUUGAGUAGUAUAUACGCUGCCUAUCAAAAAGUUGAGUAGUAUAUACGCUGCCUAUCAAAAGUUGAGUAGUAUAUACGCUGCCUAUCAAAAUUUGAGUAGUAUACACGACUCCACUGCGGAAUGAGACGAUUGGAUCCGAAUGAAAUGAUAUUACUUCAAUUUUCUUCAUAGAAAAUCGCAUUGGUUCUCUUCAGCAUGCGAUUUAAUAAUCAAAUCGGACAUAAGUAUAAGUCCUUCCCUUUACUUGUAUAGCUCAAUAUUCGUCAUAUCCUAAAGCCUUAAGUUUUUUAAGAUAUUGUUUGAAUUAUUAUGUCAAAUAGCAAAAUAUGCUUCUUGAACGUCAGCAAGGUUCAAACACCCCUAACCCUAACAUACAGGACAGAUGUAAUUUUAUGUUUGGAACUUGUACACCUGUUUCUAUACAUAUACACACUAAUAUUAUCGUUUUGAUAAACUACUCUACUUUUGAUAGGGAUAUAUUUAUCUGUCCGUGAUACACAAAAGUGAUUCUCAUAAUAUGUCAAGUUUAUAUUGAAAUAGAACGACAUAGCUCAUUAACCCUAUCAGAAGUUGAGUAGUAUAUACAUGAAUUAACUCUUACUCUGCAUACAUGACUCUGUAUUCGUACCAGCUGUCAAAUGUUUCAAGUUCACUGUCAUUAUUUAUUGUCAUAUGUUUAAAGAUAAUUAUCAGAAAUAUUUAAAAUAAAUUAUUUUUCACACAUAAUUAGCUUGUGUUGUUGUCCAGAUAGGCGAAUGCUACCCAUUUGUGUAGAUUCCAUUAUAUUGAUUAUAUAUAUCAAUCUAAUAUUGGGAAAUUCUGUUUUGUCUAGUAACGUACAAACGCAUCAAUGCGUCAACGAUAUAGCUGUAUAAUUGUUUUAAUAAGAACAUGUUUUAAACUUACCAAGAUGAAGCAAAGUAAUUUUUUUACAGUUUUACAAGUGGACAAAGUGAAAUCUCAAAUGUCAUACAUGAUUGCUUGAGUUGUUAACGUGCAUGUAAAUUCAUUUUUAAAAUAAAUAUUAUUAUUCACGAGAGGCUCAAUCGUCUGAGCAGAAUUGCAGAGUUGCGCCCCUUAGGCAUUCCAGAAUCAUGACCGAGCAUGUAUCUUUCUCCAUCACUCAUCAGUGUUCAGAUGUUACAAAUAGUACUUAUAUCUUUCAAGAUUGAUUUGUAGAUUUUUCAGAUGAUCCCUUGUUUAUGGAGAAUAAUGAAAUAAAAGAUCUUGAUCACAGUUA